GCCCCUAAAAACAUAGAAAAGUAAAAUAAGAGUAGCAGCCACGAAAUCCUCACCGUUGAUCAUUUCCAACUUGCAUAGGCCUUAGAUCUUGGGUCCCACUAAUCCUCCACAAAAGUUAGUCAGAUACAGCACGGCUUCAGAUCCACCUAUAAAUAUAGGAAAAGCCAUUUGUAUAUGUACCACUUAUCACUGCACAUUUCUCCUUGAUCUUUGUGCUCUUCUAAGAAGUUUUUUACGAAGGUCAGAAAGCUGAGAUAGUAUACCUUUGGACUAGAAUGCAGAAUGCUUGUGGAAGUCAGUAAAGCUUUAUCUUAUAACCAUAAGAAUCAAUCAUUUUUGAGAUUCGUGUAAUUAGAUAAUAUAACAUGGAUACCUUCCUUUUCACCUCGGAGUCUGUCAAUGAAGGCCACCCCGACAAACUUUGUGACCAAGUUUCAGAUGCCAUUCUUGAUGCUUGCCUAGAGCAAGAUCCAGAAAGCAAAGUUGCAUGCGAAACCUGCACAAAAACCAAUAUGGUCAUGGUCUUUGGAGAAAUCACAACGAAAGCCACCGUAAAUUAUGAGAAGAUAGUUCGGGAUACCUGCAGAGGGAUUGGAUUCAUUUCACCUGAUGUUGGGCUCGAUGCUGACAACUGCAAGGUCCUCGUUAAUAUCGAGCAACAGAGCCCUGACAUUGCCCAGGGAGUUCAUGGUCAUCUCACUAAGAAGCCUGAGGAAAUUGGAGCUGGAGACCAAGGCCACAUGUUUGGCUAUGCCACUGAUGAAACACCAGAACUCAUGCCACUCACUCAUGUUCUUGCCACCAAGCUUGGGGCCAAGCUUACUGAAGUGAGAAAGAAUAACACUUGCCCCUGGUUGAGACCUGAUGGAAAGACUCAAGUUACUGUUGAGUACAAGAAUGAUGGUGGUGCCAUGGUUCCUAUUAGAGUUCACACUGUCCUCAUCUCAACCCAGCACGAUGAAACUGUUACAAACGAACAGAUUGCUGAUGAUUUGAAAGAGCAUGUGAUCAAGCCUGUGAUUCCUGCUAAGUACCUUGAUGACAAGACAAUCUUCCACCUUAACCCAUCUGGUCGAUUUGUUAUUGGUGGUCCACAUGGAGAUGCAGGACUUACUGGUAGGAAAAUAAUCAUUGACACUUAUGGCGGCUGGGGUGCUCACGGAGGAGGUGCCUUUUCGGGCAAGGAUCCAACAAAGGUGGACAGGAGUGGUGCGUACAUUGUUAGGCAGGCAGCAAAGAGUGUGGUGGCAUCAGGACUUGCUCGUCGAUGUAUAGUGCAAGUUUCUUAUGCUAUUGGUGUAGCAGAACCACUUUCAGUGUUUGUUGAUACCUACAAGACAGGGAAGAUUCCGGAUAAGGAUAUCUUGACUCUUAUCAAGGAGAACUUCGACUUUAGGCCUGGAAUGAUUGCAAUCAACCUUGACUUGAAAAGAGGAGGCAACUUCAGGUACCAGAAGACUGCUGCUUAUGGUCAUUUUGGCCGUAAUGAUCCUGAUUUCACUUGGGAGACUGCCAAGAUCCUCAAGCCGAAAGCUUGAGUUUGUGGGUUGCCAAUUACACAAGACACCUCUGAAAAUUGAUUUCACCCGGUUGCAGACAGGUAUUAGAUGAAUAAACAAGCUCUAGGGAUAUAUAACAUUAUUUUGCCUUUCCAGGACUCCCUUAGAGAUGCGAAAGGUUAGAGCAUUUGUUUGAGUUUUUCGUUAUUUUUUCUUCUUUUCUUCAUCGUGUCUCUGUUAACAAGUUAUUGUUGAAUAUGUUCUGCAGCAAUUCAAUUGUUUUCGUGUA